CUAGCUCAUUUGGCAUGCUAUUGCUGCGAUGUGUGCCGCUACUCACCAAAAACAGAGGUCAAAAAGUAGUGUGACCCUGGAUGGACCGAUGUUUUAAGGUUCAGGUCCCUUUGCUACCAGUCGACAUGGAAAUUUUUCACCGUAGCCCAUGUAGUUCCCCGUCUACUCUGUCUCCCCCCACGUAGUGAACAUGUCGAAUUCCUCUGGCACGAUUCCCACUGACGUCGAGGUGUUGACCGGUGCCUUGUUUUUCGGUAAUCUGUUCAACUGGGGACUCUUUGGAUGUCUGGUGGUCCAAAUGCAUUUUUACUAUUUGAAUUACUCCACGGAUAGACCUGUGGUUCGGGGUGUUGUCGCGUUCGCGCUUGUUCUUGAAAUUAUUCAGACAAUCUUGGUGACCCAUGACGCUUUUAUAACGUUCUGCUCACAAUGGGGCACACCGAGUGCACUUCUACGGGUCGGUUAUAUCUGGCUUACUCUACCGAUAUUUGGGUCUUUGAUGAGCUUCGUCGCGCAAUCAUUCUAUGCAUGGCGACUCUGUCUUUUGACUAAAAAACUUUGGCUUCCUGCAGUUAUCAUCCUGAUCUCCCUGACACAAUUUAUCGCUGGUAUCAUAACAGGAGUUAUGGUGACAGGCAUAAAUGAUGUGAGGGAGUUGUCUAAGUCAUUCAAAGCUGCUUCGGUCUGGCUCGCGGGAACCGCAUUAUGCGAUAUCAUCAUCGCAGGGUGCAUGGUGUUCUUCCUAUCGAAAGCCAAGACCGGCUUCCACCGGACAGACAUGCUCCUUACACGAAUCACUGUCAUCACCCUCGAAACUGGGCUUGCUUCUGCCGCAGUAGCCACACUGGACAUGAUAUUGUUCCUCAAGUUCCGGGACCAAAACUGGCAUCUCUGCACUGCGAUGAUGUUAUCGAAGCUCUACGCAAACAGUUUACUUGUGGUUCUCAACUCGAGGAGACGCAUAGUCACCCAAGCAUUCAGUGACUCAGAAAACUUGUACUCCAUGGGACCUCUGGGAUCAUCAAGUAGGGCCUGCCAAUAGACCACACGCUAUCAACAUCUCGGUAUCUCGAGAAGUUCACGGCGACUCUGGGGCCAUCCAUGUUCCAAUGGGUGAUCGUGAUAUAAAAGAUGUCGAAACAGUCAGUUCCUCCAAAGGAUAAGCGGGUUUG